AGGAGUUCCGCUCCACGUACUUGAACCCACUGCUUUCCCAGCUGCCUGGUCGGCCAAUGAAACCAGCCACCAUCCCUAAAGAUCCACCCCCUGAUGCAUGGGACUGGCGGGACCCACGGGGCUGUCACGGGUGUCAAGAACCAGGGUUACUGUGGCUCCUGCUGGGCCUUCUCUGUGACAGGCAACGUGGAAGGGCAGUGGUUCCUCCGCAAUGGCACUUUGGUUUCCCUCUCUGAGCAAGAGCUGCUGGACUGUGACUCCGUAGACAAAGCCUGCGGAGGAGGACUUCCAUCCACGGCCUACGAGGCCAUCGAAGGGCUGGGCGGCCUGGAGACAGAGCGCGAUUACAGUUAUGAGGGGUUCGAGCAGAAGUGCGGCUUCUCCAAGGAUAAGGUGGCCGUCUACAUCAAUAGCUCCGUAUCAAUAUCCCGGGAUGAGACAGAGAUCGCUGCCUGGCUGGCUAAGAACGGCCCUAUUUCCAUUGCUCUGAACGCCUUUGCCAUGCAGUUCUACAGGAGGGGAGUUUCCCACCCCUUCUUCCUGCUCUGCAACCCCUGGAUGAUUGACCACGCAGUUCCUCUUGGUGGGCUACGGCACACGGGGCCGUACUCCAUUCUGGGCGAUCAAGAACAGUUGGGGAGAGAACUGGGGAGAGAAGGGCUACUACUACCUGUAUCGUGGCAGCCAUGCCUGUGGCAUGAACUCAAUGUGCAGUUCUGCAGUGAUAGAGUAAGCCUCUCGGGCCCCUUGACUGCCUCCGGUCCAAAUCAUCAACUUGCUGGCUUUCCACCCAGCACCAAGAUGAAGAUCGGAGCACCUUCCCUGUACAUUAUACUGACCCUGUUUACCCAUUUCCCUUUCCAAAUAGCCCUGGUUAGGCCUAGUGCAUAACUAAGAAGAUCUGGCCCCUGCUCCUGCCUGCUGCUAUGAACGGUAGAGACUGGAGGUAGCAUGUCCUAGGAUAGGACCCUUAACCUUGCUGAGAUCCUUCAACCAGGCCAGGAUUGGUGCUGGUGUGUGUUUAAAGGGUGCUUCCCUUUCCAGUAGGAGCAGAUUCCUUCCCCCGACUCUCAGUGAAGGGGUACUUGGUGCCUGGGCAGAUGCACAGAGGAUGGUGAAGGGGACUUGCUCUUCUGAAAUGGUUAGGUCAUCAGUUGCUCCUCGCUGUGAGCCUCCUCUUUUACCUUGGUCAAUCCUGAGCUGCUUUUUGGAAGGCAGACUGGGAAUUGGGGCCGGGGAGGAAGGGGCAGUGAUCUAACUACCAGCUCCCAUCCCAACUCCCUCUGCAAAAAGCAGAGCUCCUUACUGUUUUCUAACCAUAGGCCUCUUAAGUUUGGGCCAUAGCUCAGUAGAAGAGCAUCCACUUUGCACACAGAAGGUCCCAAACAGUUAUAGAAUCUCAUACAGUCCUGGGAUUGUAGAGUUGGAAGGGGACCCAAAGAGUCAUCUAGUCCAACCCUCCAAUCCUCAGGAGGCAGGGCUAGGGAAGGCCCCCCUCAAGUUGAAGAGCUGCUGUGCUAGAUGGACAGCAGACAGUCUGACUUGGUCUAAGGCCAGCUUCCUGUCUCCAUACAACUUGGGGAACCAGCUUGCAUUUAAGACAAGAUGUUCCAAGGAGCUUCACAACUCACUCAAGCCCGCUUAAAUAAGUGCAGGUGAAUUUUCCCUUCUUUGUGGAGAUGAGGGGAGCACAUUUAACACCCUUAUUUCCCAGUUAGUCAGGGGCUUCUUUCUUUUGCACUCUCCAAGUCUUCCCGCUCCCCUUAGGGAUUGUAGCACUGAUAAAUGCCCUCCCAAAAAAUGGGGUACCCUUGUUUCCGUUAGCUCAAGUCUUCCUCUGCUUCUGGAAGACUUGACGUGGUGGAGCCGCAGCCUUGCAGGACAGUCUUGCCUGUGGCUGGGCGGCUCCGCUAGCCUGUAGGAAAAGUAACCAUUCCAGUAUUGGUCAGCUUUUGCACUUAGAUGCCAUGAAAUCUUUCUCCCUGCACCCACUACAAAAAAAGAGGUCAAACCCAGCCCACAUUUUUUUUUAGAUUUAGCUGCUCUGUAUUAAUGUUUGCUGCUAGAAUGGAAAUAUUGGUGGAAGGUUUGAAGGCAAUGCUGAGAGAUGAUCCCUAGCUUGGUCAGUCCUAAGCACCACCCAAACCUUCUCCUCCAAGGAAUCCUACUUGAGCACUCCCCACCCCCCAGCCCCGUUGCACUGAGGGCUUUUGGGGAGUGGAAGGCAUAACUAGCACUUGCAAAAUGGUUGCUAUAGAAAGUGUUUUUCCUUUGAUUGUUGCUCUGAACACCCCACCCCCACCCUGAAAAAGCUGUUUCCCCUUCAGGGACUCUAAUCUCAGCCAGAAUGGCCUGAACGUGGCUGCAAAAAAAAGUGUUUCUGGAAGACGCAGCUGCUCAGGUGGCUGUGCCUUCUGUCUGUUACUUUAAAGACGCAGCCUUUGGUGUUUCUGUAAUUUCCACACUAAUAAAUACUGAUGGACUCUGAA